AUGAAUUUGCGUGAUUUUAUCGUUCAGGUCAAAGCUCCUCCACUCAUUGCGUCUGACAGAGCUGUGGACACACGUUGGCAAAUAUCGGGUGCUCAAUUUGAACCAGGUUCCCCGGGAUCAUGUCUUCCUCAUCAGAACAACACUGUCUUAUACGCGUAUUCCACUGAAAUUGACAAUAUCCCGUUUGUGAAUGGUGCCAAUAGAAUGAUCAAUUUUGCUCGUUUGUAUGGAACAAUGGCAAAUGUUCGAUUAGAUACAAAACAGGAGGAGGAGAUUGAGUAUCACACGGAUAAAAAAAGUUUGAGUGAUUCUAUAUUUUCCCAUCAACCGGAUCCAUCACUUGGUUAUGGAGACACUACGACUGGAAGUAACUUGUACAAUGUUUUGAAGAAGUUUCUCACCAAUAAGAAUGCUUCGAUAUGCGGAGCCCAAGUGUUUCUAUUAUUGAAACGAUAUCCAGAUGAGUCAGAUGUAUCAGACAUCAUUUCCCAACUUCGAGCAAAUCGUGUCAUUGUCUACAUUGCUGUGGACAGUAUCCCAUCAGGAGGUUCCAACUCUGCAACACUGUACGAAAUGUCGUAUCAAACCAAUGGAUACUGUAUGUUUGCCACCGACUCGGAUCUCACUAAUGGUUUUUACUUCAUGACCGCCAUACUUGCUGAUCCUUACCAAUUCAUUGCUCAAAAUUUUGUGGUUUCUGGAUCUGGUCGAAUCGAAGUACCGGCUUUCAAAAGUCCAACUCCAGUGGGUGAUGAAGAACUUUGUUCAUUUGCAAUAACUGUUCAGAACCGCACACUCGACAGUUCAUUCGUCUCAAUGAACUAUACAAUUGGAAGUACUGAUGGAUCUUUUGUUUAUGCAUUUCCGGGUAACCAAUCACUUCCUCUCUAUGGAAAUGCACAAACUGAUGGGGUUUAUUGCAACGGAUCCCUCUCUUACAAAUGGACAAUUGACUACCAUUAUAACACGGAUGCACCACAAAUCAUUCAAUUGAGAAUGUACAGUGAAUACUAUCACGACUUCCUUCCACUGCCAGAUUUCAAAUGA